AUGCAGCUACGGAGAAAGAUUGAGAAAAUUGUUCAGAAAAAGUUUUAUGGAUCAGAUUCGAACGGCAAAUUGGACGAGAGCUUCUACAGGACAUAUUCGGACUCGUUCUAUUCGAGCGACAAGAAGGAGCGGUGGAAAGGUGUGUUGGUCAUGUUGUAUGGGGUGUUUCUUGAUCACAGGAUCUUUAAAUGUCCUUUCUUUGUUGUUGCAGUGGCAAAAUUUUCCUCAAUUUUCAUUUCACUUUCGUUAAUUCCAGACUUCUGGAAUAGGAAGAUCUUACUUGUUAAUGGCGUAUUCAAGAAAUUUUACGCUAAAUUAACCAGAGAAGCGAAUCAAGUGCGACACUGAGACUUCUUCUGUAAAUUUUGCAAACACUCCGGGCAUAGGCCACAUAUCUAAAUAUUUCUGAAAAUUCUAGUCUGUGCUUUGCAGGGUAUCCAACGAUUUUUGACGGCCGAGAGAGUCCGUCAAAUGCGGAGAGUGGUACAGAAAAACCAUUUUUAGGCCAUAGCAUUGCCAGUUUUGCGCGGAAAAAAUUGAUUUUUUUUGUGGAAACAUUACCCUAUAUGGCAGAAUAAACAUGCAACUUUUCAUGCCACAGCUCGGAAAAAAGUGUCACAUUUUUCCAAUUUUGAGUUUAAAAUAUUGGCAUUUCUGCAAAGCGCAAGCAAGGCGUCUUUCGUAUGUCUUGAAAAAAAUUAUUUUCGAUUUGUUCCUGAUUUCAUGAAAAUCCGAGCGUCGUACUUGAAGUAUUAUAAUACUUUCCUUAUAAGUCAAAAGCAGCUGAACUUUACGUACAGUAACCUGAAAAAUCAGUAACCAAAACUUCUAAAAUUUAGGAUUUUUUGAAAAUAAUGACCAAAAAUAGGACAAAAUUUUCAAUUUCUCAAUUAAAACGGCAUUAUUUCCCAACUCCUUCGGCUGGUAUUUCCACCGGAAGCUGACGAAUCCACUUUUGAAUUGCAUGAUCUUUUGCCUUGUUCUGAACGCUAAUGCUUUCCCUAUUCAUAUUUAUUUUUUCAACUCGUGUUUGACCGCACUCUCCCUAAUAAUCUUUAUACGUUUAUGAAAAGCGUCGGAAAUACCAAGCAUGAGGGUUCAAAAAGUUUGAGAAAACUGUUUUUAUCAAUAGUCAGGUAGGUCAAUAUCGAAAAAAAGCAUGGACUUGUACAGGGUUGUUUGUUAUUUCUACAAAAUCUUUGGUAAAUUUUUUCGAUGAUUAAAAAUGACAGUGGUUCUUAGGAUAUGUGUAUAUUUUAUGUAUGUCAUAUCUGUACAAUAAGAUUUCUGUAUAGCGCAAGAAAGGCUGCCUUACAACGAAGGUUUCUACAGCAAUUUUUGAGAUUUUUUGGUCAAUUUUGGGUUAAAUUAAACGUUCAUACAACAAAGCCUUCCUAUAACGAAUAAAUUUUUUAAGUCCCUUGGUAUCUGUCGUACAGAAAUUUCACUGUAAAAUCAAUCGUUUCAGAGCUCAUCUGCUCCAUUUUGAACUGGAUUUUCAAUGACUGGGUUGUGGUCAUCCUGCUCGGGUGUGGAAUGGCAUUUUGUUCCAUUGCAUUGGAUGCUAUAGUUGACCUCCUUUCCUCAAGUAACUAGCUCCAUAGACUCUCUCAUACCUCGGUUUAGAUCACAUAUCACUCAUGAAACAGUUGUUCAUCUACGAUGGCCUUCUACCUCACUUCUUAUCCGUUGUUUGUUGGGCAGCAUACAUGGUGAUUCUUGUCACUUGUUCCGCAUUAUUCGCUCAUUACGUUGCACCACAAGCGAUUGGCUCUGGUAUUCCGGAGAUGAAGACGAUUCUGCGAGGAGUUGUUUUAAAGGAAUACCUGACCUUCAGGACGUUCAUCUCUAAAUUCGUUGGACUUACAUUGGCGUUGGCGUCGGGGCUGCCGAUUGGAAAAGAGGGCCCAUUUGUGCAUAUAGCUUCAAUUGUCGCCAACAUUCUCAGUCGUCUGGUUCAAACAAUCGAUCCGAUCUAUGCGAACGAGAGUCGGCACACCGAGAUGUUGGCGGCUGGAUGCGCGGUUGGAGUGGCUUGUGUGUUUUCGGCACCAGUUGGAGGUAUAACUAUAUGUAAUUACGUCCUGCUACAGCAUGAAAAUAGAAAUUUCUAUAGAAAUAUUCAUGCUAGGCCGUUUCAGGAGUCCUCUUUUCGAUCGAAGUCACCAGUUCAUACUUUGCCAUCCGCAAUUAUUGGCGUGGAUUUCUCGCCGCUGCUUGCGCAGCCUCCGUAUUCCGAUUAACAAAAGUUCUUCUUCGUCCCGAAGGUAGGCAGACAAUUAUCACGCCCGACCUUUCGGGUCUACGACAGUUCGAGUCAGCAAAAAAGAUCGAUCCAUACAAGGCAUAGGACAGGUGGAGACCCAAAAAAAGGUUCUAGGAGGUGCCUACGAGGCUUGUAAAAACCAUUGAAUGCUUGGUGGAGGCUCGGCGAAGACUCAGCGGAGACUUGGCGGAGACUUAAAACAGGUUUUGCAAAAGACUCGAGCUUUCAGAUUUGCCUUGUGCACAUGAAACAGGAUGUCGCAGCAGAGCCGUGAAACAGUAACCAUAGGUUUCCCUAAUCACGAGUAUUAAAUUUCAGAAAAAAUUUUUUUGAUUAUUGGCCUACUGUAGGUGUACUGUAGCUUUCCCGCAUUUCCAGGAUCUCAGCUACAAGAGGUCGGAUUGUAUCCGGACCUUCUCUGAAUCAUAGAAUGGACAAUUCUAAGCAUCUUUCAUGUUGGGCACUUUUUCCUAUCUGUGCCGGAAGUAUUCUAAAAAUUUGCAUAAUUGUCAAAAAAUUCACAUUUUUCAAAUUUUAUAGAAAAAUUUGCAUAAUGGCAUGACAUUUUUAUUGCUCUAAAAGAUGCUCCGUAAUGCGGCAAUUCAAACGGUAUAUAGAUCACCGCAAGGGGUUCUGCCUAUGUUGCAAACGGGUCGUCUAAAUAUUGGAUCAUCAGGAAUUAAAGUCAAAUUUUGUCAAAAAAAUUUGAUGUUUGGCAUGACCAAAGAUUGUAUUAGACUUCAAAGUGGUUCCAAAGUAAAAAUAGGUAAUUAAAAAAUUGAUUUGCGGCAUUUUUUUGACAUUUGCACCCAGCCGGGAUCGAACCCGGGACGCUGGAAUGGUAGUCCCGCCCACUAACCACUACACCACGAAAUUUGUCGUACCACUUUUUGCACUUUUUUUAAUUGCAUCUAGAGCAGAAUUUUACGCUGAUUAACAUAUCAAAAAAUCAGCUGGGGGUUUUUAGAAACAAAGAUUUUACGGCCGUUUUUUUAGGCCAAUACUGUAUCACGGGAAGUUACAGUAAGAAACUAAAAAAAAUAAUAGCUCCGUCGUGUUAGCAAUGAUCGAAAACAUCAGUAAGCUUAAAAUUGUUGUAUUCAGAGCUAAAAUACGACAACUAUAAGCGAUUACUUAAAAAACAGUAAAUUGUAAAAAAAUAUAUCUUAAUGGAGGAUUUGGCAAAAAACGUCCUUUGCUUUUGCUUAGCAUCUAUCGACGGUCGUUUUAAUGCAAAAAUCUCAAAAUUGAUUUUUUCCUAUGUCCACUGACCCAGAAAUCGUCUUUUAAGGAUUUAUAACAUUAUUUUGUCAUAAAAUUACAUAUUUUUACUUUGGAACCACUUUAAGUCCAAUACAAUCUUUGGUCAUACCAAACACCACAUUUUUUUGACAAAAUUUGACGUUCAGAAAAAUUGAAUUCCUGAUGACCCAACAUUUAGACGACCCGUUUGCAACAUAGGCAGAACCCCUUGCGGUGAUCUAUAUACCGUUUGAAUUGCCACAUUACGGAGCAUCUUUUAGAGCAAUAAAAAUGUCAUGCCAUUAUGCAAAUUUUUCUAUAAAAUUUGAAAAAUGUGAAUUUUUUGACAAUUAUGCAAAUUUUUAGAAUACUUCCGGCACAGAUAGGAAAAAGUGCCCAACAUGAAAGAUGCUUAGAAUUGUCCAUUCUAUGAUUCAGAGAAGGUCCGGAUACAACCCGACCUCUUGUAGCUGAGAUCCUGGAAAUGCGGGAAGGCUACAGUACACCUACAGUAGGCCAAUAAUCAAAAAAUUUUUUUCUGAAAUCUAAUAUUCGUGAUUAGGGAAACCCAUGGUUACCGUUUCACGACUCUGCUGCGACAUCCUGUUUCAUGUGCACAGCUAGCUCGACCCUUACAAAAAAAAAAUAAAAAAUAUGACCACUUUUUAUAAUUUUAGCUAUUGCUAACCCUAGUUUUCUAAAUUCUGAGUUACCCAAAAGUCACCCCAAAAAACGAAGAUCCGUAAGUUUAAUCCGAGUAUUCUUGUAGUAAUACAUGUAAAAUACCUCAAAUACAUGUAAAAUACCUCAAAAAUAAGUGAUAAGCUCUCCCAGGACCUGAUCAAUCUAAUGAUUUCUAUUGAAUAAGCCUUAACGUAAGCCUUUUCCAAGCCUUUUCAUGUAUACAAUGACAAAUUGAGGCACCCCAAAGUAUCGACCCAAAUACUGUCGUUGACCCGAAAAGUCGUAUCCCGCAAUUACAUAUCUCCCCUAUACCGUCCAUGUGGCACUAUUAACAAUGUUUUUUAGAGAAGCUAGUGGCAGUUUUCCAGACCUAUUUCCCGCAAGAAGCCUUCGUUUCAGAGGAGCUUUUAAUCUUUGCAUUCAUGGGGUAAGUAAAAACUUGUUGAUUUACCGGUCGAUUCAGCGUAAUCUGCGGCGUUUUCUCGGCCAUUUUCAUCAUGUUGCACCGUAAUCUUGUUUUGUUUUUGCGGAACAACAAGUGGAUGAUACGGGUCUUUCAAAAACAGUGAGUUCAAUCGGUUUAAUUUUGUUUUAUCUUGUUUUAUGUGUAACUAUUGCAAAAAUCACCCUAAAUUUCUAUAAGAAAUAUUCAAAAUAUUCAAAUAUUCUAGCUGGUUAACCUAUACGAUACUGGUCUCAUUUGUCAUCGCUUUGUUGACAUAUCCCCGAUGGUAUGGUGCCUAUAUGGGCGGGUUUGUUGGGUUCAGUAAGGCCCCACACUACUUGUUUUUCAAUUGCACGUGGACUGCGACCAACGAAUCAGCGCAUUUCUGCAACGAUCUUUUAUUGGACUGGCUGGGAGGGCAUUACGAACGCGAUGUCUUUGACGCCAUGAUCAUCUUCUUGGCUGGUUGUGUAGGUCGAAUUGCAUACAGUGACGGACCCGAUUUGGUGGCAAAAAACGUAUCAUUUUGCAUUCGGGAAGCAUCAAAAAUGUGGCAAAAUGCUUCACUCUCCAAGUGAAAAACUUUGUUUUGAAAGGCGUCCCGGAGGGGAGGCAUUUUGCCACAUUUUUGAUACUUCCCGGAUGUAAAAUGCUGCGUUUUUUGUAACUGGAUCAGUUCCCCCACUGUAGAGUUGUAUGUCUUUCAGUAUUUUCUAACGAUCCUCUCGUUGACCCUUCCCAUCCCAUGCGGAGUGUUUGGGCCGUCGUUCAUAAUCGGCGCGGCGUUUGGACGGUUGAUGGGCGAGCUGACUUCUGUGAUGUAUCCGGAUGGAUUCAGAAGUCUGGGAAGGCAUAUAAAUCCUGGAGCGUAUGCUGUAGUGGGUAAGCUAUAUAUAGCGGUAGUAAUCACGGGGUUAGCGGGGUUUUCAUGUAUAGGAAUUUUUCGAGAAAUGUGAAGGAAAGUUGGAGGCUAUAACUUCCGGCGGAGGCGGCGCAGAGGCUUCAUUUUUGGAACAUGUAUUCUUAAGCCACACCAAUUUUUUUCUAUGAAAUAACAAGAUUUUAAAAUGCAAACUGAGGUCGCUACGACCUUUUGAAGUAAGGGUCUUUUACCCCGUUAUAAUCAUCAAUUUUUUGAUGGCUUGUUAUUUCAAUUGCUCAGUUUUCAAGAGCUCUGAAAGAUGAACUUUUUCAGGAGCUGCUGCAUUUUCCGGCGGAGUAACUCAUACAAUUUCGGUGGCAGUCAUCGCGUUUGAGCUUACCGGACAGAUUGUUCUUAUCCUCCCAGUUAUGGUAGGUAUAUCUCCAAACAACAUAUUGUAUCUUUCAGAUAGCCUCAUUGAUCUCCAAUGCGAUAUGUUCGAAUCUCCAACCAUCGUUUUAUGACUCCGUAAUCUUGGUGAAACACUUGCCCUAUCUUCCGGAUAUCCCAUCCUCCUCCAGAUACCAUGGUAUCCUGGCAAGACAGUUUAUGACCAGCAUAGAGAGAGUGUGGUAUUUGUGUAAAGACACGACCUACAAGGACAUUCAACAUGUUCUGAUGAGCGAGAACAAGAUGAAAGUGUUCCCGGUGGUCGAGAGCAAGGACAACAAGGUGUUAAUCGGCUCCUGUUCAAGGUCCAAGCUGAUGAAAGCGUUGGACGCAAAGGUCGGCCCAAUGGCCAGAAAAGCCGAGGCCGCGAAACAAAUCGCGGAGAGCAUCAAUGUAAGUCGUAGUAUAAGGCAGAUUUUUUAUAUUUUAGGAUAUAAAUCGCCGAUUCCGGCCGGUGGAGAAACAACGAAACAGUAUUGUCUUUGACAAGGACACCAAAGACUUGCUUCAAGAGAAACAUGUAGAGUUCGAUCUUGCUGACACUUCAUCCAUGGAUUACUAUUACGAUGAGUGUCCAAAGACGUUAACAAGAAGGCCUUCAAGGUUUGUGGUAACUCCUGCCAUGCAACAAACGUCGACUGAGGAGAAAUUGGAUAAGGCUGUUGAGAAGCUGGAGAAAAAACGGCUGGAGAAUUUGCUUCCUCCGGGUGUUGGAGGUGAGUAAAGGAGAAUAUAUGUAGUAGAAGUCUGUCGGGAAAGAAAUGUGGAUUUUUGGAGUGGCUUAUUAGCACUUUAUGACGGCUAGUCAAGGUUGAGGAUUUGGUGGAAAAAGAAAUUUUUCUGCGACAAAUCCACAUUAUUUUCCCAACGGAUUGAUAAUCAAGCCCCUUUACAGCAAAAAGCGGCCGAAAAAAAAGUUAUUAUAGAAGGGUUUCGCUGAACGAAGAUUAGUUUUUAAAUCUCUAAAAUAGUUUGUUAUAUAGAGGAUUUGUUAUCUGAAGGCUUGCUCUACAGAGUUGUUACUGUAGUUCACUGCAUAUUACGUAAUAUUGCAGAGCUCUUCCGGACCAUAACCCUCGCUUCUUCUUUUCAAAAACAAAGAAAAACCUCUGGCUACGAUCUUCACGGAAAAGAGCGACAUGAAUGGGAGCAAGAACAGCUGAACACAAAGAUUGAUUGGAAGGAGAUUGGGGUUGAUCCAGCCCCUUUUCAACUGGUCGAUGACACUUCUCUGUUGAAGGUCCAUUUCCUAUUUUCAUUGCUCGGUUUGACGCGCAGCUAUGUUACGCAUGAAGGAAGACUGGUGGGGAUUAUUUCGUUGAGAGAUGUAAGUCCCUUUUUCUACAGCGAAUACCUUCCAGAUUGGCGCAGCGAUUGAGAAAAUCCAAACCGGCCAACUCACUCCAACAACGGUUAGUAUUUACGAGGAGAUUGAUGAGCCGGACGAAGCGGAACGGAGGAAUCUGUUCCAGAAGAUUCGCCACUCCGUCAGCGGCACUCUAUGGCCUCAAAUGGCGUCUCAAACGAAGAGUGUGCACGACAAUUUGAGUCCGCCAUUGGUGGUUGUUGAUGGGAAGUGCGGAUGGGGAGAGGCUCCGAAGAAAUUGUCGAUGAUCUCAGAAGUCAGCUCACGGAAAUCCUCGGAAACUGCGAGGCCGAAGAUGCUCAGCUCCGGCUCCGAUCCUUGUCUGUCUUCGGAGCCAAAUCGGAUAUGGGAAGAGAAAAGUGAGGCUAAAAUAUUAGGCUUUCUUUUGAAAAAGGGAGUGUCUAACGUGGAACGCUAAGGUUUUUAAGAAACAGGCUAAUUUAGUGAAAAAAAUCCUAGGGUAUGUACGAGAUUCCUGGUCGGCUCUUUACAGAAAAAAGCGAGAUUUUUUGUCAAACAAUUGGGCACAAUGCAACGGUUUCUUUGCAAGGCUAUCCAUGAAAAAUUUCAACCAUAAAUACACUUGAGAUAUAAAAACAAAUUUUCUAUAAAAAAAUCAAAUUUUUUUUGCUUGGAAUUGGAAAUGGCCAAAAAACGUUUUUUCUCUCUGAACGCUCUCUAAAUUUCACUACCUUUUCAUCGCCAAAGAUUGAACAUACUUCAACUGCGUUUGCAAAGCGCAAGCUCAUAUAUUUUAAGCCACUUCUAUAUGCUCUAGGCACUACUUGGGCUCAAAAGAAACUCUGAGCUUUGAAAUUCCAACAUUUACCUCGUAAAUCUCACAAUAUUUUGUUUAUCUUGCUAUCUUUCAGAGACUCGAGCUCGCGCCAAGUCUGUGGGUUGGGAAAGCGCGACUGGAUGGAAGCGAGGAUCGAUGAGCAGUUUUUCUGGAAGCGAAUAUUCGAAUCAUCGUUAG